GGGGAGGGCGCAGGGCGGGGCCAGGCGGCUCUCUCUCGCCUCGGCGCUGGCUUCCAGCCGCUCCAAGGAGUCUGCGAGCCGAGUCGGGAAGCCCCCCUGCCAGAGCCUUCGGCGGAGCCAGGCACCGACAGCAUGGCGAGUCCCGGGGGUCUCCGGAGCCACCUGAUCUGCUUCCUGGCCCUCCUGUGGGGUGAACCUCCCCGGACCAGGGCAGAUGGCCUUGUGGAUGUGCUCCAGGCAUUUGCCAUGCGAGAGGGCAAAAAUGGGGUCUCCAUUGCUGCUGGUAUCUGCACCCAGAGGAAUGGCUCUGAUGAAAGCGACCUAGCAUUCCGCCUAGAGAACAAGACAUAUUUCAGUGCUCCUACCAAGCAGCUCUUUCCUGAUGGCCCCUUUCCAGUGGACUUCUCCAUACUGGCUACACUGCGAGCGCUCAAAGGUAGCCAGUCUUUCCUGCUCUCCAUAUAUGAUGUGCGGGGAGUACAGCAACUUGGUGUAGAGAUUGGACGUUCUCCUGUCUUCCUCUAUGAAGACCAGCUUGGCUAUCCAGUGCCCGAUGACUAUCCUCACUUCCGCCGAGUCAACUUGGCUGAUGGCAAGUGGCAUCGCAUUGCUCUGAGUGUGGAAGGUGGGAAUGUAUCUUUAAGCGUUGACUGUGAAGAUGCUGUGGUGCUACCCCUCAAGCGAGGCAUGCAGCCAGUUGUCAGCGUUGAUGGUGUUACCUUGCUUGGGGCUCGCCGGCCAGAUGAAGACAUUUUCGAGGGUGAUCUGCAGCAGCUGUUGGUUGUACCGGAUCCGGCAGCUGCAGCCCGCUACUGUGAGCAUUACAUGCCUGAUUGCAACAGGCAACUCACCUACGCGUUGCAUGCCCAGGAUCCCGAAGAGAAUGUUCCUCACAGGAAGGGCAGGAAGGGCAAAAGAAAGGGCAAGGGCAAAAGGAGAGGGAAAGGCAAGAAGAAGAGGAACAAGGAGCCUCCAGAGACGACGCCCUCCUCGCUCACUCCGGCCCCAGGCCAGUAUGAAGUUCCAACUCGAGCUGCCCCUAUAAAAGCAGCCACUGAGUCCUGGGAGGAUAGUCCUGGAGAUAUUACUGCGGCCAUGGUCACAGUUGGCUUUACCCUCACAGACAACUACGAGGACCUUCUCGGAGAACAGUAUGUGAUUGGCGAGGACUCAAGCCUGGAUGCAAAUGGCACUUACAGAACUUAUGAUGAGCGACUUGACUACAGAGACAGGGAAUAUGAGGACUACUAUGACCGAAGGGAUGCCAAUGAGGAAGAGCGGUAUGAUCCAGCUGAGCGCAGUGAAGCCACUGUCCAGCUCCCCAAGGAAAAAAACCUGAAGGGAGAGAAAGGGGAGCCGGCAAUCAUAGAGCCUGGCAGGCGUUUUGAGGGGCCAUCUGGAUACCCAGGUCCUCAGGGUGAGACGGGCCCAGUGGGACAGGGCGGGCCACCAGGAUUUCUGGGAGAUCCCGGUGAACGGGGACCACCAGGACUCCCAGGCCUUCCAGGAGCUGAUGGCAUUCGUGGGCCUCCUGGGACAAUGAUUAUGUUGCCGUUCCAAUUUGGUGGUGACUCAGCUAAAGGCCCUUCAGUGUCCUUUCAGGAAGCCCAGGCCCAGGCUAUUUUACAGCAAGCCAAGCUUUCCAUGAAGGGUCCUCCUGGUCCCAUGGGGCUUACAGGGCGGCCAGGGCCACUGGGUUUACCAGGGAAUUCAGGACUGAAAGGAGAUUCAGGUGACGCAGGCACACAGGGUCCUCCUGGGAUGCAGGGACCAGUCGGGCCUCCGGGGAAAACUGGCAAGCGGGGUCGCUCAGGAGCAGAUGGUGCCAGAGGACUUCCAGGAGAAACCGGACCCAAGGGUGACAGGGGCUUUGAUGGGCUCCCAGGACUUCCUGGAGAGAUGGGGAACCGGGGAGAUGUAGGCAAGCCAGGCCCACCUGGAGCUCCUGGCGAGAAUGGCGCUAAGGGUUCUGAUGGCGUACAAGGGCCCAGAGGACAGCCUGGGGAAGCUGGCAUGCGUGGUUUGGCUGGCCCACGAGGUGCUCCUGGCCCCCCAGGCCAGCUGGGGAUCAGUGGUAUUGAUGGGGCUCCUGGACACAAAGGCAACUUGGGCAUUCAGGGUGAACAAGGCCCCCCUGGACAACAGGGAAACCCUGGACCUCAGGGUCUGCCUGGUCCCCAGGGUCACAUUGGGCUUCCGGGCGAAAAGGGUCCACCAGGAAAACCAGGGAUACCAGGACUGGCUGGGAUGGAUGGACCUCUGGGUCAUCCUGGAAGAGAAGGGCCAGCUGGGGAGAAAGGAGCACAGGGUCCAUCUGGUGCAGCAGGUCCAGUUGGCUACCCGGGUCCCCGUGGAGUCAAGGGGGCGUUUGGAGUGAGAGGCCUGAAAGGCAGCAAAGGUGAGAAGGGAGAAGAUGGAUUCCCUGGCUUCAAGGGUGAUAUGGGACCAAAAGGUGACCGGGGUGAUGCUGGCCCAUUGGGUGUACGUGGUGAGGAUGGCCCUGAGGGGCUGAAAGGGCAGGCAGGACCUGUUGGAGAAGCAGGUUCUACUGGGCCAGCUGGCGAGAAGGGCAAGUUGGGGGUGCCAGGCCUGCCGGGAUACCCUGGACGCCAGGGACCUAAGGGCUCGACGGGAUUUCCAGGCCCUCUGGGCCUCAUUGGAGAAAAAGGCAAACGAGGCAAAGCUGGUCAGGCUGAGCAGACUGGACAACGUGGUCCCUCGGGUCCUCCAGGUGAACGUGGUUUGCCAGGACCCACAGGAAAACCAGGACCAAAGGGUGAUGUGGGCCAUGAUGGAGCCCCUGGAAGUGUAGGGGGAAAGGGUCCUGCUGGACCACAGGGCCCUAAUGGAUUUCCAGGACCCAAGGGACCACCUGGCCCUGCUGGGAAGGAUGGUUUACCAGGACAUCCAGGUCAGCGUGGUGAGCCGGGAUUUCAUGGCAAAACUGGCCCACCAGGGCCUGCUGGGGUUGUGGGACCACAGGGGAACUCAGGAGAAACUGGUCCCAUGGGGGAGAGAGGCCAUCCAGGCUCCCCUGGUCCCCCUGGAGAACAAGGGCUGCCAGGUGCUGCUGGCAGGGAAGGCACCAAGGGUGAUCCUGGACCUAGUGGUGUCCCAGGCAAAAAUGGUCCUCCUGGAAUGAGAGGCUUCACUGGGGCUCGAGGACCUGCUGGGGAGACUGGACCAACUGGACUGAAGGGAGCUGAAGGGCCACCUGGUCCGCCCGGCCCCACGGGUUCCCCCGGUGAACGAGGCCCCUCAGGAGCAGCUGGGGGUAUUGGGUUGCCAGGACGAGGGGGUAACCAAGGACCUCCUGGCCCAGCAGGGGAGAAAGGGGCACCGGGUGAGCGAGGCCCAAUGGGCCCAGCUGGGCAUGAUGGAAUCCCAGGUCCAGUGGGUCUACUGGGCCCAGCCGGGCCACCAGGACUUGCUGGAGAAGAUGGUGACAGGGGAGAGAUGGGUGGCCCAGGACAGAAGGGAAGCAAGGGGGACAAAGGAGAAGCGGGUCCUCCAGGACCUGCUGGGAUCCAGGGACCUACUGGACAUCCAGGGCCUGCUGGAGCUGAUGGGGAGUCUGGGCGCCGAGGGCAACAGGGCAUGUUCGGCCAGAAAGGAGAUGAAGGAACUCGUGGAUUUCCCGGGGUUAGUGGCCCAUCUGGUUUACAGGGAAUGCCAGGCCCCCCAGGCGAGAAGGGUGAGAGUGGUGAUGUUGGUCCAAUGGGCCCACCAGGAGCUCCAGGGCCCCGGGGCCCACAGGGUCCCAGUGGUGGGGAUGGACCACAGGGACAACAUGGUGGGCUGGGACAGCCAGGUGCUGUUGGUGAAAAGGGUGAACCUGGUGAAGCAGGAGACCCUGGACCUCCAGGGGAACCAGGCCGGCAAGGUGUGAAGGGCGAUGUAGGUGAAAAAGGAGAUUCUGGCCAAUCAGGGGCUGCAGGGCCCCCUGGCAAGAAGGGUCCUCCAGGAGAAGAUGGAGCCAAAGGGAACCUGGGUCCGAUAGGAUUCCCCGGUGAUCCGGGCCCAUCUGGAGACCCAGGCCCUCCUGGACUGGAUGGAAUUCCUGGUGAGAAAGGUGAUAUAGGGGAUCCUGGACUUCCAGGACCCCCUGGAGCUUCUGGGGAGCCAGGUCCUCCUGGAUCUCCAGGAAAGAGGGGACCUCUUGGGCCAGCUGGCCGUGAAGGUCGACAGGGUGAGAAAGGGGCCAAGGGGGAGCCUGGCACAGAUGGACCCCCAGGGAAGAUGGGGCCUGUGGGCCCACAGGGACCUCCAGGCCGACCUGGGUCAGAAGGACUUCGUGGGAUUCCUGGCCCUGCUGGUGAACAAGGUCUACUGGGAGCACCUGGUCAGGCAGGGCCACCAGGGCCCAUGGGUCCCACUGGGCUCCCAGGUCUUAAAGGUGAUCCUGGCUACAAGGGAGAGAAGGGUCAUGCAGGACUCAUUGGGUUGAUUGGCCCCCCAGGUGAGAUGGGUGAGAAAGGUGACCAGGGGCUGCCAGGGAACCAGGGAACACCAGGCCCUAAGGGCGACCCCGGAAUUGUUGGACCCCUUGGCCCCCCAGGCCCACGUGGAUCUCCUGGCCUCUCAGGACCUUUGGGACAAAAAGGCAACAAGGGCUCACUGGGACCUAUAGGACCAAAAGGUGAUCCAGGACCUGCGGGACCCCCAGGGCAACCAGGUCGCCCUGCUGAGCUGCGGGACCCCCUGCCUAUGGAAAGUGGCCGCAAGAACCGCCGCGACUGGGAGCUAGGGGAGCAGAGAGAUGCACCCAGGGAACUGGAUGCUGAUCCUGAUGCGGAUGGGCUGGCAGAGGUUCUGGCAGCCCUGAGCUCCCUGCGUGAUGAAGUGGAGCAAAUGCGAUGUCCAUUGGGCACCCUGGAGAGUCCAGCCCGGGUCUGCAAGGAGCUCCAGUUUUGCCAUCCCCACCUCACAGAUGGUGAAUAUUGGAUUGACCCUAACCAAGGCUGCAGCCGAGAUGCCUUCAGAGUUUUCUGCAACUUCACAGCUGGUGGGGAAACCUGCUUAUUCCCCGACAAGAAAGUUGAGGCUGUGCGACUCGCCGCCUGGAGCAAGGAGCAACCAGGAAGCUGGUUCAGCACAUUCAAGAGGGGCAAGAAGUUCUCCUAUGUGGAUGCAGAUGGCAAUCCCGUGCAGGUUACCCAGCUCACAUUUCUGCGCCUGCUCAGUGCCAUUGCCCACCAGAACUUCACCCUCCUCUGCCAAAACAUGGCUGCCUGGUAUGAGGCCGACACCAGCAGCCACACCCGGGCUUUGCGUUUUCUUGCCUUCAACGGUGUGGAGCUGAUGCACAACAGCACAGAAGCACCUGUACGUGCCUUAUAUGAUGGCUGCCAGGUACGCAAGGGCCAGGAGCGGACAGUUCUGCAGGUUCUGACGCCACGCGUGGAGCAGCUACCGCUGGCCGAUGUGGCUGUUCAGGAUUUCGGGGACACCAGCCAGAAGUUUGGCUUUGAGCUUGGGCCUGUCUGCUUCAGCGGCUGAGCCCUUCAAGAAGGAUGGACAGCUCCCUCUAGACUGCGGAACCGCCCGUGGGGAAAGAGAGAGCGUGUGCUAAAAGCCCCCUCUCCCUGAACCCAGGAGAAGCAGGUUGUGGGAGAGGAGCCGGCUCUGCAAAGACCUGCCGUUGUAUUUAACCAGAUGACAGCCUCCUAUUUAUGCGGCCAAGGUCCUCUCGGGGCCGUGACUCUUGGGGAGCAGACCAGGGUCCAGACUGAGCCAGGGCCCUCCCUUUCUGCAGCCCCGACAAAUGGUGCUACUACGCCGCCUUAGUGAAGCACUGGACUAACUGCCCGGCACUGGACACCUGCAGGGAUGAGGGAAAUGGAGACCACAUCCCACACUGCUGACCUCCCCCCCCCCCAAAGAGCACAGGGACAUCAAGAUCUUGCCCAAAACAUCUUGGGAACUGGGACUUUAGGAUCAAUCUAUCUGUAUAGCCUUACACAAAUGGACAUGGACACAGUGGGAAUUGUAUGGGGAAAAUGGAGGAUGUCCAAGCCAACAGCCCAUCACAGAAGACCAGGAUUCUGAUUCAAAUGUUGCCAAGACUUAAGGAGUGAGCGUAGGGGAUCCAGAGCUUCUAAGUUGGUCCUUUUGAAUUCAGUUCAAAUGAAAGAUAUGUGCUUUGGCAUGACAAUGGUAGCUAACUUAAAGCAGAUAAUUUGGCCCCAGCAGAACCAGCUAUGCUUGGAGUCUGGAUCCCCUUUUGACCACUAUUUGCUCUUCUCUGUAUUGUGCUCCAGGAGUACUGUCUGGAACCAGAACAUAAACAACAUCAGGGGAGCUGGGAGUGGCUGAGCCUGCCCCCUUUCUUUUACUCCUCCACAAGAAUCCCAGCUGUGAACCUGCUGUCAUCUUCUUGCUGGGAAGAGGAAGUAGGAGCAGUGCUCUCCAAUCCCUCAUCACCCUUGUCAAUCAUUCCAUCCGUGCUGGGCAGAGUGGAGGAUUCUGGGUUCUGUUCUCUGGCUCCUCCCCUCCCCUUUGGCAGAUGUCUAUAAGAUGUGGCUAGUGAUUCAGACAUUCCUGCCCCUCUGUGGAAGGAAGAUGAUAUGGUGCAGGUUGGUUCCCAACUACCCAAGAACCUGAAUGUCUUAACGGGCUUCCUGUUGACCAAAGCCCCUGAGAGUGGAUACAGCACAAAGGUCUGGAAGUAUGUGUUCUGUACUGUCCCACACUCAGCUCUUGGCACUGACCUCUCUUCAAACUGCGGUGCUAAAUGACUUUUAUUUGUAUGCUUUUUUUCUUUUAUCUCAGGCUGUGGCGCCAACCGGGUAUGCGUGUGUAUCUAUGAGCGCGUGUGUGUGUGCGUGUGUGUUACCGAAUCAUCUAACAGUUUGUAUUAAACCUCAGAACGUG